GUUAAGUUAUCGACAUCUCAUUUGGUGUUGUUAAGUUUGUGUUAACCAAACGAAUUUGCGCGCAAGUAAAUCAAAGUGAAUUUAAAUAAAAGAAAUGGCGUUCGAAUAUGUGGCGUAUAGUUUACACCGAAACUAUGGAGUCAGAAAUACCCCCACAGUGGAUCAGUGGACACAGUGGUGUUUGCUCCGGGACAUUCACGAUCCAUUUGAGCUGGCGCCUUCCGAGUUCCGGAAGCUAUAUCGUGUGGGCCCAGAGACUGCAAUGGAGCUCAUCCAGCGGCUUGAAAUCCAAUUGAAAGGUAAAAGGAUUACCUCAAUGUCGGCGGAAAAACAGGUUUUGUGUACACUACGCUUCUAUGCCACAGGAUGCUACCAACGGCCUGUAGGGGAACAGUGGGGCAUAUCAAUGAGCCAAUCAUCUAUAAGCCGUUGUAUACAUCGCGUAACUGAUGCCAUAAACAGUGGACUAUUUUUUGAGGAGGUUAAGUUCCCUAUGACGCAGGUGGACCGUCAAGCUGCCAAGGAAGUGUUUGCUUCAGCACCUGCGCCUUUCGUUGGAGGAACUAUUGGAGCGGUAGACUGUACGCAUGUUUCUAUUUUGGGUCCUAAAACUCAUGAGGAAGCACACGUGAACCAUCAUGGCUAUCACUCGAUAAAUGUUCAAAUGAUAUGUGACCCAAAUUUAAAAAUACUCAACGUCAAUGCUAGGUUUCCGGGAGCACGACAUGACUCUUACAUUUGGAGUUCCUGUCCAGUGCGGCGAGUCAUGCAGAGAGCUUUUGACAAUGGAAACCGCAACAUGCUUUUGAUUGGUAUUCUUUUUAAUUUACUUUAA